CUCUGUGGAGAGAGAGUGCGCGCACUGGCAGUAUAGAACGGACCACGGCGCGCGCCCGACGCCAUUUAGAAAAAAAAACCUAGCUGUCACUUUGGCGGCAACGUGAAUUUAAAAACUUUCAAUUGACUUAAUAAUAUUCGUUUUGUGUUUGUUGUUUUAGUUUUUGACUAAUUAUUGGUGCUAGUGAUAUAUUUGAUUGUUACUACAAAAGUAAAAGGAGGUGAAACAUUUUUUCGAGUGAAGCAGAAUAAAUUCUGAGGUAUCCGAAACAUGCGUCACUAAGCACACAAAAUGGUGGGGCGUGAGCUCGCGGUGGUCGUGUCCCGGGCUUACAAAUACUAUGGCCGGGAGGACAAGCCAGACUACAAGCCGGUGCUACGGCACUUUAACAUGACCGUGGAGCGAGGCAUCAUAUACGGUCUCCUCGGCCCAUCAGGAUGUGGAAAGACUACACUGCUCUCCUGCAUCGUAGGCAGAAGACAGCUGGACAGCGGGGAAGUGUGGGUGCUGGGGGGAAGGCCAGGGGAAAAGGGGAGCGGGGUUCCCGGACCCAGGGUUGGGUAUAUGCCACAAGACAUAGCUCUAGUCGGGGAACUAACAGUUCGCGAUGCCAUCUACUACUUCGGUCGAAUCUACGGCAUGAAAAUGAAGAAACUCAGUGAUCGCUUCGAGUUCCUCAGCAACCUUCUAGACCUUCCUCCUGCCGGAAGACUUAUCAAGCAGUUAUCUGGAGGGCAGCAAAGAAGAGUCUCCUUAGCGGCAGCUUUGGUACAUGAACCUGAGCUACUUAUCCUGGAUGAACCUACAGUUGGCUUGGAUCCAGUACUUAGAGAAAGAAUAUGGGAGUUUUUGUCAGAACUGGCGAGAGGAGGCACCACAGUCAUCAUCACCACACACUAUAUCGACGAAACAAAGCAGGCACACAAGAUCGGUCUACUCCGAGACGGCCAGCUACUAGCAGAAGAAUCCCCAGAAGAGCUGAUGCGCAAGUUAGACUGCAAUAACCUGGAGGAAGCGUUCCUGCAGCUCGCCAUGAGGCAUCACGAGCUGUCGCCUAGGAGAUCUACUUUAACGUCAUCUCCUGACGUGAUCCCGGAUAGCGUGGUGAACGCUGUGGAGAGCCGGGGGCAGUUCGAUUCCCGGGAGGACUUUAGUGUAGUCACCAGCAGCACUGAUGUAUUAACCAAAAAAGAGAAAGCCAAAGACUGUAGUGGUAAGUCACGAGGGCGGUACAAGGCCGUCUUCAUCAAGAGCCUCCAGCAGUUCUCCAGGCAUCCUGGCGGGCUGAUAUUCUCGGUUCUAUUCCCUAUUAUCCAAGUAGCGGCGUUCUUCUCGGCUGUGGGACACGAUCCGCGUGACCUGCACGUCGCUGUUGUCAACGACGAAGCGCGGUUGUCACCAUAUGGUCUCAGUAUUUGUCAAAAUAGCAGCCUACAGCCAAUCGUAAGAUACGACAAUGACACUUGCUCGCUAAAUAUGUUAAGUUGUUGGUUGAUUGAAGAAAUGGCCAAACAAAAAGUUUAUGAGAUACCAUUCAACACAGUAGAAGAUGCCAAAGCAGAGGUGACAAACGGGAAGCUAUACGGGGCAGUAUAUAUCCCGCAGAACUUCAGUGAGGCUCUAGGAGAAAGGUUUCGUGAAGGUGAUGUGCCUGAUGAUAUUGUCGAUUCUAGCACAGUCGGCAUAUGGCUUGAUAUGACCAAUCACCAAAUCUCAAAUUUCUUGAAACUUAAGUUCCACAAAGCGUACGAGGGUUUCACGAAAAGGGCGAUGAAUGCUUGCGGCAGACCAGAGCGACUAGUGCAGAUUCCAGUACACUUCAACGAGCCUAUCUAUGGGAAGAUGAACGGGCAGUUCGUGGCGUACAUGGCACCGGGCGUUAUGAUCACAAUAAUUUUCUUCCUGGCGGCAGUAGUAACUUCAACCCUGAUGAUCGGAGACCGUUUAGAAGGAGUGUGGGAGCGGAGCGCAGUCGCGGGAGUUCGGCCAAAGGAGAUGCUUCAUGUGCACAUCGGGAUACAGGCUACCGUUAUUUUAGUACAGACCAUUGAGAUGAUGCUGCUCGGCUACGUAGGCUACGGACUACCCACUAAGGGUUCCUUACUCGCCUGUGGCUUCCUCCUGUUCCUACAAGGCCUAAGUGGGAUGUGCUACGGUUUCCUGCUCUCUGUCUGCUGUUCAAGUUAUACGAUGUCUUUCUUCAUCGCCACUGGGAGUUUCUACCCCAUGAUCCUGUUGUGCGGUAUCGUCUGGCCAUUGGAAGGCAUGGAAAAGUACCUCCAAUAUAUCGCCCUGUGCCUUCCCUUCACCAUACCCUCGAAGUCCCUCCGAGACAUCAUGGAAAAGGGCGCCACCAUCUUAGAUACAUCUGUAUACAGCGGGUUUCUCAUUACCGUGGCGUGGAUCGUCAUUACCCUGGGUCUAUGUUUCUUAAGACUCAAGUACAGAAAGACGUAACUUUACUAGUGUUGUGUUAAUCAUAUUUAAUAAUACCAUAGUUGCUUGAAUGUUAUAAAUACCAUGGGAAAAUGCGCCAGAAACUUGGGUGAAUCGGUAAAUCCUGGUUUUCAUGAUUAUCAUUGCCCUGGGCAUUUUCUGCAGUUGAUGCAAUUUUUGCCGUCAAAUUUGGAAUUUAUCAAAGUGUAGUUAAAUAUUUUGAUGUGUAAAAUUUGAAUAAUUUACUAAACAAGUGAAAGAAAAAGUGAAUAUAAAGUGAACAUUACUUUGAUAUGAUCAUUUCCAGGUCAAUAGUUA